CUGAAUCAUGUUAUUUAGAUUCCUGAUUGUGUUUUAACUAAAUAGAGCAAGAAUAUAGUGUUUUAAUAACGAAUUUUCCACACAUUAAUAUACAUCUUCAUGUCUUAGAGCAUAAUAUGAUUGAUAUCUGAUACAUUUAAGGAACACUUAAGAACUUAAGACUGGUCAUUAUGCUAUUUCAGGGCUUAUAAUGGUAGUACAUAAUACACUCUGACAGGUUGCCUCUUUUACAUCAGCUCCACACCUACUAAAACACCUCCCAAACUGGGAAAUACAGAGAAAGAUUGCAGGUGAUUGUGUGAAUUUGGCAAUGCGUUCUAUUUGCAACUGUUUAUUUUUGCUAGCAGGACAUAAACGUAGUGCCCUUUAAGCAGCUCUGAGAGGAGAAGAAGGUGUUCAGUUGUAAGGCAGGACUGUAGAUGUCUGACUGGGAGCAGGGAAAACCAGUCCCUGUGCCUAAGCAGUCCAGUGUGUGGAAGAGGAUCUCUGAAAAAGCCAUCUUUCUCUUGAAGUGAUCUUUCACAUGCCGCAUUGUUGUGCUAAGGCUCACAUAUCUCUGUGUGUGUGUGUGUGUGUGUGUGUGUGUGUGUGUGAGAGUUUACUGGCAUUGGAGAUGACUGAGGCUGUGGUAAACACCAUUUCCUGGACAAUCUACCUCGUGCAGGCUACAAACCAAAGAAACUACCUGAUGAUAUCCAUGCAGAAAGACCCCGUUUACACAGCAAGGAAAACAGGUCCCAGGACUGUGGAUACAGUUCCUGCAGAAUGCUCUUUGCACAUACUGCCUGAACCAUGGCCUGGGUGCAUAUAGUUCUCCUGACCCUGCUGCCCACCAUGGUGAUCCUGAAUGUGCUGUCUGAAGUAGAAAGUGCAGCAGUCAAGGAUGGAAAAGUCAGUAAACCCCAAGAAUCACCUGCACAGGUUUUCAGGACAGCAUCGGACGCUUCUAACUUCUUCAAACGUCGUGGCCGAAGAUCCUACAAAUCGGCAAAUGAAUAUAAUGCGGAGCAGAGAGUACAAUUGGCCGCCACUGAGCGCCGGAGGGAGUACUACGAGGAGCAGGCAAAGGAGUACGAGACCCAUCGGGAGGAGGAGCGAGAUGAGCAGCAUGAGCGGCGUCGGCAGAUGAUGGCACAAUGGUGGCAGUAUCACUACGACGGGUACUACCCACGGUACCCUUGGCACCAGGCCUACGUCUGAGCAAGCAUACCACGUCUCCAGCUUUUAAACACGUGCCAACAUGUGGAUUGAGUUAAAUGCUUUUACUCCCCCACCCACCCUAAACAAUAUUUAAUUUGCACCUUCUAUAUCUUGUACGUACAAUGUCAGUAUAUGAUACUCAUUGAUACUGCUUGUCUUCCCUAUUAAACAUGUAAAUUCAAUUUA